UUUUAAUAAGCAGCGGGACUUGUGUUUGUGUUCAGACAAAUUCUUAGACAUUUUCUCUCUACAUAGUAUUCCUGUCUCCAUCGCAGCAGCAGCAGCAGCAGCAGCACUCUCAAUCACCCAGUGUGUGAUCAUGCAGUACACCAACAUCACCUGCUACUGGGAAGCAACUGACCACCAUCUGAACAUCAGCAGCUACACACUUCAGAUUAACAAAACCUCUUGUGAUAGUAAACACAGCUUCAUCCCGGUGGGGUUCUGUAAAACCAGAGGCUCUAACUGCUACGUUCAGCCCAUUGAUUCAGCGUUACACUGUUUCUGCGCAGAUGUGAUGGCGUCCACACGCAAUGGAGCCAUACGCUCACCGCCGUAUUUCUUUAAUGGGGUCAAUGCAGUGAAACUUCCUCCUCCACAGAUAAAAGCUCUCAAGCCAUCAGAGAGAAGGUCUGGGUGUUUGCAGGUGAUCUGGAGAAUGGCUGAGAGCUUUCCCAAGAAUGAGCAAGUCUACAUACUGCUCCAAAUGGAGUACACGACACACAACCAGACCCGAUCCCAGACUAUACAAGCGUUUUCCAAGGAGACGUUUGAGCUGUGUGACCUUCACCCAGGAUCCAAGUAUACAGUGAGACUGAGGACUCAGGACAAUCGAGCACACGCUCACUGGAGCUCGUGGACCUCUAUAGACACAACCACAGCAGAGAAAGCUCCGUCUACAGCUCCUCGGCUCUGGAGACUCAUCCAACCUGCAGAAGAAGCUGGAAAGAGACGCCUCACCCUGCUCUGGAAGCCUGUGUCCUGGCCUGAGGUCAAUGGUGUUGUGCUCAGUUACUCUGCGUCCUGUCGCGGUGAUCUGGAUUCAUCACAGUGGACCUGCGGCGCUGUAAACGCAUCCAGACGCUCUUGCGUCCUCAUCGUCUCUGAUGAUCCCUGUCACUGCAGUCUGACGGUGACAAACUCUGCCGGGACGUCACCUCCAGCUCACAUCUCCAUACCUGCACAUACACAUGCAGAAGGACUCCCACCCCCUCAGAUUAUCAGCGUCACCCCGUUGGAUGACACUCAAAUAAAGGUGGAAUGGACAGCUGCACUGAACCAAUCAGAGAGCGGCUUUGUGGUGCAAUGGACUUCUGUGCCUUACAGUGAACCAACUAGUCUGCACUGGGAACAUAUGAAUGAAACUGCAAGAAGUUUUAUUCUCACAGGUCUUCUGCCAGAAAUCCCAUAUAAUCUGUCGGUCAUGAGUGUGUAUGGGCAACAGGCAGGAAGUCACAUGUCGGUCAUUGCUUUCACACGGGAAGGAGCGUCCUCUGUCGGCCCAGAUAUGACAGUGCUGAAGAUGAGCAGCAGCGGUGUUGUUCUGAAAUGGGACCCUGUUCCUUUAGAGAAACUUCAUGGCUUCAUCCAGAGCUAUACUGUACUGUACAGCAUAAAUGGCAAAAACAAAAGUAUGAAGGUAGACGCUCAUGUUGAACAGAUAACUCUCAGUAAACUGACAGAAGGAACCUAUAACAUCUGCAUAAUGGCUCAUACUGCAGUAGGGGGCGCCGCUGGGCCCUGUCAGAUGGUGGUUGUGGGGCUUGAGGAUGUGCAAGGGAUUCCCAUACUGCUGUGUACACUUCUGCUGUGCUUUCUUUUUCUAAUCAUCCCAGUAUGCAUGAGGGUGAGGAUUAAACAGUGUCUGUGCCAGACUGUACCAGACCCUUCAAAAAGCAGCCUGUCCGUCUGGUCCAACACUAAACUGUGUCAGCAUAAGCUACCAUCCUCGUCCACCUUGAGCUCCAUCAUCUCUGUGGAUCAGACUACAAUCUAUCAGGAUUGUGGUGAAAAAGACUACGUCCCUGUCCAGGUGUCCACCUACCACACUGUUCCACAAGACAGCAAUGAGACCGAAACCAAGACCUACAACAGCACUUCUGCUGUAACCCACCAGGACUCCAAACUCACACCAGCUCAAGCUUUCCCCACACAUUUCCUCAACCAGAGCUACACCAAACUAGACCAAGUCAUUCCUGCUGGAUAUAAAGAAGAUCCCCAGCCCUCAUCUGAUGAUCUCUUGUUUGAUUCCCUCUUCACCUACAAAAGUAGUCAAGCAGAUUUAUGCGGCUACAUCCACGUGUCCCAGAGCUACGCGCCGGUCAUUACGACCGUAGACGAGUACAGGACUCUUGACCUGGAUGAGAGUCCGGAUUUCCUACAAGGCUUGUAAAUAAUGAGUUUUGCAUCACUGGAGUUUCACAGUCCCACUCUCUCCAGCCCACCAAAACAUGAGCCCUCAUAUCAACCACCAUCUCUGUGUGCUUUCUGAUUGACAGAUAUCUUGUGCAGGGAUAGUUGAAAUGGCAUAAGGCUGGUACAUUAAGCUGGGUGCAAUUAAAAUCAGAAACUUGCCUACUCUGUAAACUGUGUCCAGUGUAGACAGCAGCAGUUAAUUAUAAUAGUUGCACUGGAUUUACAAUGGUUUCAUGGGCAGGUUCAAGAGAUUGCAUCCAAUUGCUGUUCUGCCCAACACUUGAAAAUGAAUUGUGAACUUUUUCCAAGCAGCCUUUUUAUCUGAACGCUUCCUGUCAGAUCUCGUCUAGGUCAAGGACACCGCAUGAGGACCGCUAGUCAUUUCCACAUGUGACACCUCUCUCACAAAACCACUCUGGUCUCGAGUUAAAUGUGCAUUAACCACUGAUACCCAGUUGCCAAAUGCAUGGAAAAAAUGUGCCGGGUAGGAAAAUGUGCUUUUGUUGCAUGGAAACUUGGGCUAUAUUUGCUAUUCCUGAGAUAAAACAGUGCCAUUUUACUGGUGGCAUGAUAUAGCUUGUCUCAUUUUUUAUUAGCAAAUGCUGCUUGAAAAAUAAAAAAUAAAAAGUAUCCACAUUGUUACUUUCAUAUUGUGAUAUUUAAUAUUACAUUUUUAAUGCAUAAUUAGUCAUCUUAAACCCUCCCAUUUCUGUUGACACAAUAAAGGACAAACAGCCCCAGACGAGACAACACAUCCUGGUUACAUCAUGGACACAGCUUGGAAUUAUACAGACCUGUUUUAACUAAAGAACUGGAUUUUGUGUUUUUCAAUGUUUUUUUUAAUUUAGUUUUUUAUUGUGUAUUUCUGAUGUAGCACUGCUGCUUGCGUUAUACCUGUCAUCUCCUGCUUUCUGCUCUGUCCCAGUUUCCUCUGUUGGCCUUUUUGGAUAUCAGACUAAACUAAAUUCGAACUGGGUUUGGAUAUCAGACAGAACUCAGUCCUAACUGGUUUUGGACAUCAGACAAAAUUCCAUUUUAACUGGUUUUGAAUAUCAGACAGAAUCCAUUCUAACUGGUUUUGGAUAUCAGACAGAACUACAGAUUCCAGACAAAACUGGAACCUUUCUAGAAAUGUUAGAUCCAGUCUUUUUUUUUUUUUUUUGUCUGGUGAAAUUACCACAUUUGUGUUGUCAGCCUACAAAUGAAUGUAAGCUAUUUUAGUCUGUGAAUCCGACAGACUGGUAACCUGGAAAGCUGUGAAAAACUACAUAACCCAUCUGAUCUGAACUAUAUAUACAUUUUUUCAUUUCCUAAUGAAAAGAUUUGAGCAAUGCCGUUCCAAAAUAAUGUCAAAGGUUUAUUUUUGUGAACUGUAUCUGAAGAUAAACCAGAUUCUGUGGAAAAGGAAAGGACAGUGAGAGGGACACUCGGCAUCGGGAACAUUUUGUUGGGAAUGCUGUGGCUUUGGGCCAGAGUUCACCACCGCUGGUCCAUCUUUCCUGCGACUGGAAUUCCCGAUAAAGUCCCUCUUUGUUUGGACAGAGACGGGCCAGGGCAGUGUCACACAUACAUCCGGCUCCAGAGAGUUGAUCUUUGGCGGCAGGAGUGCAGAUCGGCCGUGUGCCAGAGCUGGUGCAGCAAUAUUUAUUGUGGAUGAAAUGUGCUAUUGUUGACAAUAGAUAGAUAUUCCCACUGACUUGCCAGAGCCCUGCGGACCGUUAACAUGCUUCUGGAAUUCCACCAUUCCAUCGGGAAUGUGUUAGCCUGUGAAUGUGGCUCAAAAAAGGAAUGGAUUAAUGCUUAGCACAAUAUUUGUCAUUCCUGUAGUGAUGUUGAGAAACUCAAGGCUCUGUAUGUAUAUAUUCUGAUAAAGCACGUUAUUGAUGUUUGUCUAAUAAAGUGAACAGAAAAUCA